UAAGGUUCUAAACUCACAACCUCUGCCAUUCCAAACGAGACGAACGCUUCGUGGUCCCGGACCAGGCUUCAGGAUCUGGAGAUCUUGAGCCUUGUCAGCAUGGGGUGCAUAGCGUCCUGUACCGAUCUCAUGCGACGGUGUCCCCGUGUAACUUUUUAGUGAAGUGCCGUACGCGUUGAUUGAUUCCGCAAAGCAGCAACCACUAUAUAUGCUUGUUUCGGCGUCCAGUAUUGGGCUCCAUUGACAAGCAUAAUUGACAAGUCUUCCCGCAGUUUUUCGACACGAUCCCGAAAAUCCUCCAUGAUGCGACUCCUGAAGCAAUGAAGACUGCUUAUUUGACAGUCUUUGAGUAUGCUCUGGACAGGGCCAAUGAAUUGGAUCCCAUCGCCACAAAAGCACGUCUCGAGGAGGCCUGGGAAUGCAUGAAUGGAGCAAGCUUUGGCUCUGAGCGCGCCGAUGCUGCCAGACAGUCAUCCACGUCGAUUGGCUUCAAAGCUGGCUCUGGCAGAAACAUCGUUGAGAAAGUGCACAAGAAUGCAGAGCAAUUGGGGCAGACUCAUGCUUCAGGCGUCAUCCUCCCCUAUCAUGGCCCAUCCGACAGCAAGACCAGGCUGCGUGGAAGGGGGACCACGUCGAGCAUGUGUGCCGAUGCUCCACACAGGGCUUCGCCAUCAACGAUACCCGAGACUCAGUCGAGCCUGAGUGAUAGUCCUUCGGAGCCUGCCACGCUAGAAACCGACCGUGUCAGAGGUGCGACUGCAGGUCGCCCUGGCAGACAACAAUUCCUGCGUCAAGAACUAGGCCGUAUCAGGAUUGAGUUUUUGAAACCCAACAGGAACGGAGACACCCACAAAGUGCUUGACCGAAAGGACAUGAACGAUAUUGACAAGAUUUGGACCGGAAUGUUUGCGGGCGAUGGUGUGCGCGCCCUCAAUGAACUUAUCGAACAAUACAACACAGAACUGCGCAACCGGGAUGGGCCAGAGUCUGCCGCGCGUGUAGAGGCCGCAGCUAGGGACAAGGACACUCCACCAGAGGCCACGCCACUUCUAUCCGUGUUUGCAAGGCUGAUCAAUGUCGAGUCAACGAAGAGGCAACUAUUGACGUCGCUCAGGCAGCAUCUGGACAUGCUUGCAUUCUAUCAAUACUACAAUGAGCUCAACGAGGAGGUCCGUAAAGGAAGUCCUCGCUACGAUCCUACUCUUGCUGAGGGCCUCCGAACGACUCCAGGUCGUGGAACAGCAAGUCUCGUGAGAGACUUUCUGGCUAACCAAUUCCCCCGUAGGAAUCGAACAAUGGUUGACAACUGGAUCGCGAGGUCUCGUGCACUGUACGACAUGACGGAUGCUUUUGGCAGCAAAGGUAUUCUAUGUCUAGCUGAGGGCCCAAUGUCUUGCAAGCUCAAAAGAUGGGGCCUGAACGUCAUGCAAGAAGUCUGGCCACUCGUCAAGCAAUACAUACCGCAUUCUGAACAAGUGUGCGAACUCCUCCAAAAUCACAUCCUUACACCAAUUGAGAAUGGCAGGCCGAUAAAGAUCGAUCAUCCGCGGAAACGUGGAGGGGAUGUCUAUAGACAUUUAACACAUCUGUUCGUGCAAUGUCCAGAGACCAGGCAAGGGACAAAGCGAAAGCGCCAGAGCCAGGAAAGUACUGCGGACAACUCUGACCAACAAAGCAUGAUUUCCAGUGCUGCUGAUGGGUUUUGAUGGAGCAGUGAGUUGGGUUGAUAUAGAUCUCGGUUUCCUAGGAACAUCAAUGUACUGUGAAACGCGCGAAUAAAUAGGGGCAAUACUAAUCAUGCGCACACGAAAAU